UUGGGACGGGGCCGUGCUCCCGUCAGACGCCCGCGCACAUGGCGUGGCGUCACGGCGGAGGCGGAGUCCCGAGUGGUGACACGUCAGAGCGCCGCGGGGCCGAGCUCGAGCUGCUGUUGCUGCUGCUGGUGUGUCGCGCGCGCAGGGGAACGAGCUCCGUGUCUGGCGCGUCUCACGAAAGCAUGAGGCUGUCGAUGCUGGUGGCGCUGGUGCGGCCCGUGGGGCCGGUGAUCGUGGGCAUCUCGCUGGGCUUCACGCUCAGUCUGCUCAGCGUCACGUGGGUGGACGAGCCGUGCGACGGCGGCGGAGGAGGCGGCGGGUUCGGGGCGACCGAGGGGAUGCUGCUGCUGCUGGGCCAGGCGGGGAGCAGCCUGAAGGGGGCCCGCAAGCCCAGCUCCAUAUCCACAGGGACGCAGGAGCACGGAGACGCCGAGGAGGAGGACUUCCAGCCCCGCAUAGUCCCGUACAACAAGCCGGCCCAGCAGCAGCAGAGUUCCGCCAAGAAAGUUUUCAGGGCCAAGUAUGCCAGCACGGAGCUGGGCAUCCGAGAGCGUCUCUUUGUGGCAGUCAUGACCUCCAAGAACAGCUUGAACACACUGGCGGUGGCCGCCAACCGCACUCUGAACCACCACCUGGAUGGUCGAAUCAUCUUCUUCACCGGCACGCGCAACCGCAAGGUCCCGCACGGAAUGUUCGUUGUCGCCCACGGCGAAGAGCGUCCGGUGCCGAGCAUGUUUCAGACGCUGCGCUACCUUUUGGAGCAUCACGUUACUGAGUACGACUGGUUCUACUUUCUCCAGGAUGACACCUACACCCAACCUGAUAGAUUGAAGACGCUGGUGGGCCACAUGAGCAUUGACCACCGGCUGUAUUUGGGCCGCCCGGGGGAGUUCAUCGGAGGUGAAGCCCAGGGACGGUACUGCCAGGGCAGGUUUGGGUUUCUCCUGUCCAGGGCCUUGCUGCUGAAGCUCCAGCCUUUCCUGGAGCAGUGCCGGACCGAUAUUGUGAGUGUCAGGACUGACGAGUGGCUUGGACGCUGCAUCAUUGAUUACGCUGGCACCAGCUGUGUGGAGGAACAUGAGGGGCUUCAUUAUAAUUACUUUGAGAUUGAGAAGGACAUGGAGUGGAAAACAAUGAGUGUGGAGGAGAACCAUCACUUCCAGGAUGCUCUUUCUGUCCAUCCAGUGAGCAGCCCAGAGCAGAUGUAUCAUUUACACCGAUACUUCACCAAGAGAGAACUACAGAAAACAUAUGAGGAGAUCAAGAAGCUUCAGGCGGAGAUAAAGAAUAUAAGCCACGUGGCAGUGGACGGGAACAGGAGUGCUGCCUGGCCCAUUGGCAUUCCACCUCCAUUUCAGCCCAAGAGUCGAUUUGAGGUUCUUCGCUGGGACUACUUCACAGAGGAGCAGAUGUUCUCCUGUGCCGAUGGGGCCCCAAAGUGCCAAAUAAAUGGAGCAGACCACGAGGAUGUAAAUAGCGUCAUCCAGAUGGCUCUAGCAGAGCUUAACAAGAAGUACUCGCCCGUGCUACAACUCAGUGCUCCACGGCUAAUCAACGGCUAUCGGCGCUUUGAUCCAACAAGAGGCAUGGAGUACACUCUGGACUUGCAGCUUCAGGCCACGACUGAGUCAGGCCACGGGCAAGCCAUCGAGCAUCGCGUCCACCUAGUGCGGCCCCUUAGCCAGGUGGAGAUCAUCCCCAUGCCCUACGUGACAGAGGCCACCCGAGUACAUGUGGUCCUUCCUUUGACUAGCCCUAAUCGUCCCAUAGCGCUGCGUUUUCUGGACCUGUGUGCCUCCAACCUGUUUGAGCUGGGCGAGAAUGUCGUCCUUACAUUCCUCUUCUUAUACGAGCCUGCAGAGGCACAGAAAGUGGGCUCCAGUGAUGUGUUUGCAGAGGUAAAGGCUAAGGUAGCUGCUGUUGAACACCACUACCCCAAUGUGAAGAUACCGUGGAUCAGCGUGAAGACCGAGAACCCAGGCUUCUUGCGUGUUAUGGACAUCGUCUCCAGAAAACACCCCGUGGAUACUCUUUUCCUCGUUGCUACUGCUGACACUGUCAUCAACUCUGAGUUCCUAAACCGAUGCCGGAUGAAUGCAAUCAGUGGCUGGCAGGUCUUUUUCCCAAUCCAUUUCCAGGACUUUGACCCUCGCAUAGCCUACCCAGAUGGAUCUGCCCCAGCUACCCCAGACCUGUUGCGUGAAGCAGGACAUUUUGAUCGCUACGCUUUUGAAGAAGCGUGCUUCUACAAUGCUGACUACAUGGCAGCUCGCACUCGGAUGACUGCUGAUGCGCAGGACAAUGAUGAACUACUGGAGAGCCUGGACAUGUUUGAUGUUUUCGUGCAGUACUCGAGCCUGCAUGUCUUCCGCGCGGUGGAACCGGCCCUGCGCCAGGCAUACCGCAACAGGACCUGCGAUCCACAGCUUAGCGAAGACAUGUUCCACCGCUGCCUCCAGAGCACCCAUGAGGGCAUAGGCUCUCGGUCCCAGCUAGCCAUGCUGAUGUUUGAACAAGAGCAAAGCAACAACACUUGAACUUAAGUGCAAGACUUCACAAAACAGGGAAUUGGGGACUGGCUCUUGGCUAGCGAAGAUCUCUAAAUUUCCUGAUUUUGUUUGGGACUGCUGGAGUUUGAAGUUGUGUGGAAAGGAACAUUUCUGGGGAGUUCUAGUGGAACUGCAGGAACUUCAUGGUUUGCCUGGUCACCCUGUGACAGUGGUGGCAAGAGGAAUCGUGGAGGAAAUAAAAAUGUUUACAGCACAACUAGAGACCUCAUAAAGGGUUGAAGUACUGGGUUCCAGGAAUUUCCAUAAUUCCAGUGUUUCUCCAGUCAAUCCACCCACAUUCUAAAUGUAUUCCUGUCUUACGCCCACACUUCCUGUUCAUGCUAGCUGUGCUUGAUGUUGGGAAGCAUCCAGUGGAGUAUAGCCUGUGUGCCUUUCAGACAUUACAUUUUCCUCCUUUACUGCUUAAUGGUGCAAUGUAUUUAAUGAUGUGUAAAGAAUCUAAGAAUCUGCAACAACUGUUUUUGAGAGUACUCUAAAUUUCUCAUUUUUUUGUCAAUUUGUGUGUGUGUGCGUACGUGUGUGCAAACCUCACUUACUUGGCUUUAACAAAAAGGCAGCGAACACAUCAAAGUGCUUUACAAGAACUGAAUGUAUACCUAUGUACUUCGAGUGCCUCGAGUUGGACACAUCUGUAGUACAGACAUACUGAUGCUGAAUGAGAUUAAUCCUAUUAUGUAGUGCAGUAUCUACACAGUCCAGUGCACCUCAUUUUUUUGGUUUUGUUUUGUUUUACAUUUUCUGUUCACUUCAUCAGAUUCACUGAUCAUUUAUGACACUUUUGUAGUUCUAUAAUUGUAGACUAUAGUCCUUCUGUCCCUCUGUGAACUUUAUUCUACUUUCACACUGUUUUUCACUGGUCAGGACCAGGUUUGUGCCACCAUACAUAUUGCAGACAAUAAUGGCAUCACGUUUUUAAUAUUGUUACCGCAAAAAUACCCUGGAAUUUUUUAGCAAAAAAGAAAAAUGACACUGUUUUAAUUUCCCAGUUAAUAUCCAUGAAAGACAGAUUAUAUCUGUCUGGUAUCAUUUAUUUUUCUUCCUGGAUUCAUGAAGUGUAUUAUUAGUACUUCUAAAAUGUUAAAAUGUUACAAUCUGGCAUGUAAUCGUAUGACCAAAUAAAUUGUAAUAUUCAUCUUGAA